AUGCCGAAGCGCAAGGCUGAAGGCCCCGCCGCCGUCAAUGGCAAAUCCAAGAAGCGUGCCCUUUCCGACGAGGAAGCGCGUUCCAACUUCCGCAAAGGUCUCUUUGACACCAAGGUGCUCGAAGAUUAUCAGCAGCAAUAUGCAGAGUCGCAACCAUACAAGCACGCCGUGAUCCAGAACCUCGUCGACACGAAACUGCUCCGCAACGUCCGCGACGAGAUCCGGCAGCACAUCUCGUUCACGCCCAAGGAGACGGACAUCUACAAAAUCCACCAGUCGGGGGACCUGGCGAACCUGGACGGGCUGGACGACUCGUCGCUGGCGAAGCUGCCGUCGCUGCUGCAGCUGCGCGACGCGCUGUACUCGUCGGCGUUCCGCAAGUACAUCGCGGGCAUCGCGGGGUCGGGCCCGCUCAGCGGCGUCAAGACGGACCUGGCCAUCAACGUGUACACGCCGGGCUGCCACCUGCUGUGCCACGACGACGUCAUCGGCAGCCGGCGCGUCAGCUACAUCCUGUACCUGCUCGACCCGGACCGCGCGUGGCGGCCGGCGUGGGGCGGCGCGCUGCGCCUGUUCCCGACCGAGGACCUGCAGACGGACGCCGGCGACGACGUCAAGGUGCCGCGGCCGGACCACACCGUCGUCAUCCCCCCGGCCUUCAACCAGCUGGCCUUCUUCACCGUCCAGCCCGGCGAGAGCUUCCACGACGUCGAGGAGGUGUACAAGCGCGCGCUGGGCGAGGCCGGGGAGGAGGUGGACGGCGGCCGCGUUCGCAUGGCUGUGAGCGGCUGGUUCCACAUCCCGCAGGAGGGCGAGGAGGGUUACGAGGAGGGGUUGGAGGAGAAGCUGGCGGAGAGGAGUUCGCUGCAGCAGCUGGAGAGCGGCGCCAAGGCGGCGCAGUUCGAUCAGCCUCAGCAGAAGUGGUUCGAAUAUCCGGUCGAAGAAAAGCAGGAGGAGAAGGAGGAGGAAAAAUCGGAGAAGAAGGGCAAGGGCAAGGGCAAGGCGGAAGAAGAAGAAGAAGACGACGAAGAUGAGGAAGAACAAGCGCCUCUCACAGAGCAGGAAUUCGAGUUCCUCCUCAAGUUCAUGACGCCCACAUACCUGGCGCCGGACACGGUCGAAGACCUCAACUCCAUGUUCGCCGACGAGUCGUCCCUCCGCCUCGCCAACUUCCUGUCCAAGUCCUUCUCCGCGCGCCUGCGCGCCUUCCUCGAGGACCAGGACCGCAUCUCGCCCGCCGCCAUGCCCGCCCCGGCCUCGCGCGCGCAAAACACCGGCGUCGCCCGCCCCCCGCACAAGCACCGCUUCCUGUACCGCUACCCCGCGUCGCGCGAUGAUGAUGACGACGCUGCCGUUGCGCACAAGGAGCUCUCCCCGUAUGACGAGCUCCUCGACGUCUUCUUCCCCAGCGUCGCGUUCAAGAAGUGGCUCGCCCUCGCCACGGGGCUGACGCUGACAAAAGCCAGCAUGCUGGCGCGCCGCUUCCGCCGCGGCAUGGACUACACGCUGGCGACGUCAUACGACGAUGAGCAGCCGCAGCUGGAGGUCACGCUGGGCAUCACGCCCAGCAAGGGAUGGGGUGAUGAUGAUGAGGAGGAGGAGGAGGACGAGGGAGAAGCCAGCGAGAAGAAGGACAAGAAGAAGAAGGGGAAGGAGAACGGCGAGAAGACGAACGGCACCGCCAAAUCCGACGAGCCCUCUCCCGCCGCCGAGGACGAUCCACCCGGCGGCUACGAGAUGUACAUGGCCGCCGACGAAGAUGACGAUGAAGACAACGACGACGCCGGCUCCGACGACGGCGUCGAGGUCGCCCCCGGCUCGAAGAACAAGUCCGGCGGCUCCACCAUGACGGGCGCCGGCAAGCGCCGCAAGGCCGACCCGGCCGUGUACCGUGCCAGCGGCGGCGACGACGACGACGGCGUCCUGUUCAGCAUGCCGGCCGGCUGGAACACCAUGGGCGUCGUGCUGCGCGACACGGGCGUGCUGCGCUUCGUCAAGUACGUGAGCCAGGCUGCGAAGGGCGAUCGGUGGGACGUCUGUGCGGAUUUUGGGGUCGAGUUCGAUGAGGAUGAUGACGAUGAGGAGGGGGAAGGGGAUGCGAUGGAGGAGUAG